AACAAAAUGGCGGAAGCAAAGUGAUGUUUUUGUUUAUUUAGUUUCACAGGCUUUACAAGGAUUAAAACACGGUAAAACAAGGUUUAAAUCUUUUCUAAAAGAAAGAGAAAAAAAGGGCCAUUCUUCUUCGUUACGAGAUGGAAAUUGAAAGCGUGAAGACUGCAGUUGACGAGCUCCACAGGCUAAGUUUGUGUGCACGCUGUAUUUUGCGAUUUAUAGAUGAAAGAAACUCUUCAUUGUAUGAAGGAGACUUUGAGGCAGUUUCUGAAUAUGUUAGUAAAARGUAUUCUUUAGAUGAACCAUGUUUCGACAAGGAAAACAACAGGAAAAAAGAUGACCUUUCUGUAGAUGAUGGUCUGUGGUCCUGCACAGCCUGUCUUGGAAUUCUUAAUUGUUCUACUGUAAAACAGAUUGCAGAUGCUGUUGAAAAUUCAGAGUUUGAAUAUGGAAGUUUUACUUUGUCUUUGUCUAUUCCCUUAUGCUGUCUUGUUAGACAGCAUUCAAUAUUUUUGUAUCUAAAAGAAAAAUUCAGUGGUAUAUAUGCAGACAAGAAGACUGUAGAUUCAUUACCGUCCAUCAAAGAAGUUUUUAAGUGGGUGUGUGGACCACGACUGGGUGAAAUAUUGGGUGUCUACUUUCAACACGAGAGUCCAUUCCAGAUUUCUGUUCAAUUUGGACACAACAAUGGAAAUGAUGAAUUAGAAUUUUUAACAGACUUCGAUCCACUACAAUUCAAAGAAAGAAAGGUUAAAAAGAGAGCACCCAAACCAGUGAUCUACUCAAUAACAACAGUCAAGAAAGCACUAGAGGAACUUGACACAGCAGACAAGCUUAGAAAGUUUACAUUCUGUCCCUCCAAGGUACCAAACUACAAAAGUUUCUGUACUCAAGUAUCUUGUACUCACAAUUCAUUGUUAUUGGCAGGUCGGUAUAACAAAUACUCAAGACGUCUACCACAGACUCCAUGGUUGAUUGAAGGGGAGCGCAUGCUUGAAUCUUCAGUACAGGAAAAGAUAUGUGAUGUUAUUGAAUUAAAGAUCAAAGCAGAUGACUAUAAAUUUUCAUCUGGUGGAAGAGAAGAUGUUGAUGUCUGUAUGUUAGGCACAGGUCGGCCAUUUGUAAUAGAGUGCAUAAAUCCUCGUAAAACAAAGUUAAGCCGUGAGUUUUUGUCUGACUUGCAAAAAGAAAUUAACUCUUCAUCACAAGAUAUUGCAAUAAGAGAUUUACAAGUUGUUACAAAAAAUGAUUAUAAAACGCUGAAGGAAGCAGAAAACACAAAGACUAAAACAUACAGCUGCCUGGUUUGGACAGAAAAAGAGAUUACUAAUAAGCAGUUGCUGCCAUUACAUGAUAUCAAGGAUUUAGUGUUAAAACAGAAAACCCCCCUAAGAGUUUUACACAGGAGACCUGUGGCUGUCCGUGACAAAGUUGUUCAUAACAUGAGUUGCAAAUGGAUAGAUGACCAUCACUUUAGAUUGAAUCUCAAGACAAUGGCUGGAACAUAUGUCAAAGAGUUUGUACAUGGUGAUUUUGGACGCACUAAGCCCAACCUAGGAACAUUGUUGGAAAUGCAGACAGACAUUUUAGAACUUGACGUACAGUCAGUUGAUGUGGACUGGCCUCCAUCUCUUGGUCAGGAAUGAUCACAUCUUGAAAUUGGAUCUUACUGCUAUCAUGAAUAGUAAAUCAAUUUUUACGAUGUUAUAUUUAUAGGAAAAAUAAUUAUUAAAAUGUGUUUUAUAGCA